AUGGCAGCGACCUACGAUGUCGGCACGAGAGCGUGGCAGCCUGACGCAGCCGAGGGCUGGGUAGCCUCGGAGCUCAUCAGCAGGACGGUCGAAGGCACCAAGACAAAACUCGUCUUUCAGCUCGAGAAUGGCGAGACUAGGACCGUUGAUGUCUCAACGGAGAUUUUGCAGAGCGGCGGCUCUGACCCUUCACUGCCGCCGCUCAUGAACCCGACUAUCCUGGAAGCCAGUGAUGACCUCACUAACCUGUCGCAUCUUAACGAGCCGGCCGUGUUGCAGGCGAUUCGAUUGCGCUACUUACAAAAGGAAAUCUAUACCUACAGUGGUAUCGUCUUGAUAGCAACCAACCCGUUUGCUCGAGUCGACUCUCUCUAUGUCCCGGGCAUGGUGCAGGUGUACGCGGGGAAGCAGCGCGCAACCCAAGCACCCCACUUGUUUGCAAUUGCUGAAGAAGCCUUCAUGGACAUGGUGCGUGAUGGCAAAAACCAAACCGUCGUCGUUUCUGGCGAGUCCGGUGCUGGCAAGACAGUCAGCGCCAAGUACAUCAUGCGUUAUUUCGCCACAAGAGAGUCUCCAGACAACCCUGGUGCUCGUGGCAAGCGAGGAACCGAGCAGAUGAGCGAGACGGAGGAGCAGAUUCUGGCAACCAACCCCAUCAUGGAAGCCUUUGGCAACGCCAAGACCACCCGAAAUGACAACUCAUCACGAUUCGGUAAAUAUAUCGAAAUCAUGUUUGACGACCAGAGAAACAUUAUUGGUGCCAAGAUUCGCACCUAUCUGCUGGAACGAUCAAGACUUGUAUUCCAGCCCCUCAAAGAGCGAAACUAUCACAUCUUCUACCAGUUGGUUGCAGGAGCCUCAGACGAAGAGCGGGAGGCACUGAGCAUCCUUCCAAUUGAGCAGUUUGAGUAUUUGAACCAGGGAAAUUGCCCAACCAUUGACGGAGUGGACGACAAGGCUGAGUUUGAUGCCACCAAGAAAUCCUUGUCCACAAUUGGCGUAUCGGAAGCGCAGCAGUCUGAUAUCUUCAAGCUGUUGGCUGGUUUGCUUCACCUGGGCAACGUCAAAAUCACCGCUUCGCGAAACGACAGUGUCCUUGCGCCCAAUGAGCCAUCGCUGGAGCUAGCCUGUGGCAUAUUGGGCGUUGAUGCCGCCGAGUUUGCCAAGUGGAUUGUGAAGAAGCAGCUCGUAACUCGAGGUGAAAAGAUUACAUCCAACCUGAGCCAGGCACAGGCUAUCGUGGUGCGCGAUUCCGUCGCCAAGUUCAUUUACUCCAGUUUAUUCGAUUGGUUGGUUGAAAUUAUCAACCACAGUCUCGCAACAGAAGAAGUCCUUAGCCGUGUCACCUCGUUUAUCGGCGUAUUAGAUAUUUACGGCUUUGAGCACUUUGCCAAGAACUCAUUCGAGCAGUUUUGUAUCAACUAUGCUAAUGAAAAGCUGCAACAAGAAUUUAACCAGCAUGUAUUCAAGCUUGAACAGGAGGAGUAUCUGCGGGAGCAGAUCGAUUGGACUUUCAUCGACUUUUCGGACAACCAGCCGUGUAUUGACUUGAUUGAAGGCAAGAUGGGCAUUCUUUCUCUUUUGGACGAAGAGUCUCGUCUCCCCAUGGGAUCAGAUGACCAGUUUGUCACUAAGCUUCACCACAAUUUCGCAACCGAGAAAAAGCAGCCCUUCUUCAAGAAGCCCAGAUUUGGCAAGUCGGCCUUUACCGUGUGCCACUAUGCCGUUGAUGUCACGUAUGAAUCCGAAGGAUUCAUCGAGAAGAACCGAGACACCGUGCCCGACGAGCACAUGGCAGUCUUACGCGCCUCGAGCAACUCAUUCCUCAAGCAAGUUUUGGAUGCUGCAUCAGCUGUUCGAGAAAAGGACGUUGCAUCGGCUUCGUCAAACGCUGUCAAGCCUGCUGCUGGCAGGAAGAUUGGCGUGGCCGUAAACAGGAAACCAACUCUGGGAGGAAUCUUCCGAUCGUCCUUGAUAGAGCUGAUGAACACCAUCAACAACACAGAUGUGCACUACAUCAGAUGCAUCAAGCCCAACGAAGCCAAAGAAGCCUGGCAAUUCGAAGGACCAAUGGUUCUCAGCCAGCUUCGUGCUUGUGGUGUGCUCGAGACUGUUCGUAUCAGCACGGCUGGAUACCCGACUCGCUGGACUUAUGAAGAAUUUGCUCUGCGAUAUUACAUGCUUGUUCACUCCAGUCAAUUAACCUCUGAAAUCCGGCAAAUGGCUGAUGCCAUUUUGACCAAAGCGUUGGGUACUAGCACCGGAAAAGGUCUCGACAAGUAUCAGCUUGGAUUAACCAAGAUCUUUUUCCGUGCCGGUAUGCUUGCUUUCCUGGAAAACCUACGCACCAACCGCCUCAACGAAUGUGCUAUCCUCAUCCAGAAGAAUCUGCGAGCCAAGUAUUAUCGCCGUCGCUAUCUGGAGGCUCGCGAGUCCAUUGUCCAAACACAGGCCGCUAUUCGCGCAUAUAUAGCAAGAAAGAAGGCUUUAGAAUUAAGAACCAUCCGCGCCGCAACAACCAUUCAGCGAGUUUGGCGCGGAUACAAGCAACGCAAAGAAUUCCUACGAAUCCGAAAGAACUUGAUUCUGUUCGAGUCAGUUGCCAAGGGUUACCUUCGUAGGAAGAACAUUAUGGAGACAAGGGUUGGCAAUGCUGCACUUGUCAUCCAAAGGGUAUGGAGACAGCGCACACAGCUUCGCACCUGGAGGCAAUACCGCAAGAAGGUGAUUUUGAUUCAAAGCCUUUGGCGUGGAAGGACUGCUCGCAAAGAAUACAAGAAGAUGCGAGAAGAGGCCCGCGACUUGAAGCAGAUUUCGUAUAAGUUGGAGAACAAAGUUGUCGAAUUGACCCAGAACCUAGGAUCCGUCAAGGAGAAGAACAAGAAUUUGAUUUCGCAAGUGGAAAGCUACGAGGGCCAGCUCAAAUCGUGGAAGAACCGCCAUAACGCACUCGAGGCGAGAACCAAAGAAUUGCAAACAGAGGCCAACCAAGCAGGCAUUGCAGUUGCCCGCCUCCAAGCCAUGGAAGACGAAAUGAAGAAGCUCCAGCAAGCAUUCGACGAGUCGACUAUGAAUAUCAAGCGUAUGCAGGAAGAAGAACGCGAGCUCAGGGAAUCACUUCGCCUAACCAGUUCUGAGCUAGAGACAACCAAAGAAACCAACUUGGAGCGCGAGAGAGAUAACAUGAGCCUUCGACAGGAACUUGAUGCACUUCGGGAUGCGCUGGAGCUGGCGAAGCGCACCGGAACGCUCAAUGGCGAUAUCACCAAUGGUGUUAGCAAUGCGCCAGCCGUGGCCAGCGGACUCAUCAACCUCGUCUCAUCUAAGAAACCGAAGCGCCGAAGCGCUGGCGCGGAGCCCCGCGAGCUGGAUCGCCUGAGCGGAACUUACAACCCUAGACCGGUAUCCAUGGCUGUCACAAGCACUCUUCAUCGCCAAAACCUAUCAGGAUCAACCUUCAUUCCCGGGGUCGACAACAUUGAAAUGGAACUUGAAAGCCUCCUUGCCGAUGAGGAUGGCCUCAAUGAAGAGGUUACCAUGGGUCUUAUCCGCAACCUAAAGAUACCGUCGCCAAACACAAACCCUCCCCCCUCUGAUAAGGAAGUCCUGUUCCCGUCUUAUCUCAUUAACCUGGUAACUUCCGAAAUGUGGAACAAUGGAUUUGUCAAGGAGUCGGAGCGUUUCCUUGCCAAUGUCAUGCAAUCGAUUCAGCAAGAGGUGAUGCAGCACGAUGGCGAUGAGGCCAUUAACCCUGGCGCAUUCUGGCUAUCCAACGUCCAUGAAAUGCUCUCCUUUGUCUUCCUGGCAGAGGAUUGGUACCAGACACAAAAGACAGAUAACUACGAGUAUGACCGUCUUCUGGAAAUUGUCAAGCACGACCUGGAAAGUCUCGAGUUCAACAUCUACCACACCUGGAUGAAGGUUUUGAAGAAGAAGCUGCAAAAGAUGAUUAUUCCCGCCAUCAUAGAAUCACAGUCGCUGCCAGGUUUCAUUACUAAUGAGAGUAACCGGUUCCUGGGCAAACUAUUACAGUCAAAUUCCGCACCGGCAUAUAGCAUGGACAACCUUCUCAGUCUGCUCAACAGCGUUUUCCGGGCCAUGAAGGCUUAUUACUUGGAAGAUUCAAUCAUUACUCAAACUAUCACGGAGCUGCUACAUCUUGUUGGCGUAACGGCCUUUAAUGAUUUGCUUAUGCGCCGCAAUUUCCUGUCGUGGAAACGUGGUCUUCAGAUCAACUACAACAUCACUCGCAUUGAAGAAUGGUGUAAGAGCCAUGACAUGCCAGAAGGCACGCUGCAGCUUGAACACUUGAUGCAAGCAACCAAGCUACUUCAACUCAAGAAAGCGACACUGAACGAUAUUGAAAUUAUCCAAGACAUUUGCUGGAUGCUCUCACCAAACCAGAUUCAAAAGCUCUUGAACCAGUACCUCGUUGCCGACUACGAGCAGCCUAUUAACGGAGAGAUUAUGAAGGCCGUUGCCUCUCGAGUGACGGAGAAGAGUGACGUCUUGCUUUUGCAGGCGGUUGAUAUGGAAGACAGCGGUCCAUAUGAAAUUGCAGAGCCCCGUGUCAUUACAGCGCUCGAAACAUAUACCCCGUCGUGGCUACAAACACCUCGUCUGAAGCGGCUAGCAGAGAUAGUCUCAGCACAGGCUAUUGCGCAACAAGAAAAACUUGAGGCAGGCGAUGUCGAUGGCUUCGACGGCCACCAGCAACUGGCUGAGGUCGAGGAGUCCGAGACAGAGCAGUAAGCAGAUUCGUAUUGGUUGUAUAUCGGCGGGUGAUGCAUCAUAUUAGAUAAUGGGCUUGAUAAGAUGAAGCAUCUGCCAACAUGUCUGGUGCGCGCAUUAGCAGAGCGGCUGGCGAGGGUUGUAAAAAGGUUUCUGUGUUGUGCUGCAGCACAACAUUUACUUGGGCAUUUUUUAUGUAUAGAGCGGAGCGGAUUUAGUUCUCCCUAUUUAGGCAAUUGCGCGGUGUCCGCUAGCAUCAAAUGAAAUAAUUACGAGGAUAGUGAUUCUGGUAGAGGAAAAAAAGAUUUUUUUUUAGGGGUU